GGAAAGCUGGUCCGUGGUGGAAGGUGCGCGAAUAUUGGGGCCCCCCAACCAGCUAGACACUCCUGAACUUGUAUCUUUCCUCUUAAAAUAUGUUGAGGUCUUAUGCUGUGCUGCCCCGCAAGACGGGAACGACCAUCUUGGUGCUAUCGCGACAAGUUCACGACAUUGUGAAACGUCCCGCCACCAACGAAGUCGUUGUCCAAAAGGGCCCGGGAGGUCGUUCCUCGGUCUCUGGUCACAUUGCGACCGUUUUGGGAUGUACGGGAUUCCUAGGCCGUUAUGUUGUGAAUAACCUUGGAAAAUCAGGCACGCAAGUGGUUACUCCCUACCGAGGCACCGACGAUGACCGGAGACAUUUGAGGCUUAUGGGCGAUCUGGGACAGAUUGUGCCACUGAGAUUCGACAUUCGUAACGAGGACUCCAUCCGAGAAAGUGUUCGCCAUUCCGAUGUGGUGUACAAUCUGAUUGGGAAAGACUUCAAAACAAAGAACUUUACGUUCGAGCAAGUCCAUGUAGAAGGUGCCGCGCGAAUUGCGCGCAUUUGCAAAGAGGAAGGUGUAUCCAAACUUAUCCACGUCUCGGCACUGAAUGCCGAUGAAAACUCGAAUUCUCACUUUCUGCGGACCAAGGCCUUAGGAGAGAAGGCUGUCAAGGAAGAGUUCCCUGAUGCUACGAUCGUUCGCCCUGGAACGAUGUAUGGUCACGAAGACAGAUUCUGGAACCGGUUGGGAUGGUUUGUCAAAUGGCUUCCUGGCGGCAUCCCCAUCUUGAACGGAGGGAAAACUCGCAUAAGGCCCACAUACGUCGGUGACGUAGCACACGUGCUUGCUAAGCUGGAAAAGGAUGAUCGAGCUGUUGGAAAAGUGGUGGAACUCUAUGGACCAAAAGAGUACUACUAUGCCUCACUAGUGGAGUUCUUCUUGGAUGUUACCCGUCGUGACCUUGCCGCCGUUUACGUGCCAAAGUUCUUCGCCAAGACGGCCGCAGCUAUCCUGGAUAAGGGUAUGGCUACCCCCAUCAUCGCCCCGGAUGAAGUUGAGCGACUUUACGUCGAUGAUAAGCCCACCUCUGGUGCCCUGACCUUUGCGGACUUCAACGUGAAGCCGCACACAGUAGAAGAGCAGAUUGUCCGAUUUGCUGGCUUGUACAGGGCACAUGAAUAUCAACGGGCACCAUACGAGACGAUUGUUCGCAAAUACACGACGGAGGACGUUAAGCUUUGAGUUAAAGGGCUACGUGACAGAUUACAUGACUUUUUAAGACAUAUUCAUACCCUCAUAUGGUGGUUUUCAACAUUUGUAUGUCGCAUCAGCGUUAAGUGCAUCGAGCUGACAGUCAAUUACAAAAAGCACAUACGCACCGUAACCAGAUGACAAUGCC